AUGACAAUUUCAAACUUAGUGGAAAAGAAGAGUACGGGGGAUGUUAGACCCAGUGUUAGCUAUGGCGAAGUCAUAAGCCAUACAACCUCAAAUAGAAUUUUCCAACAACCUACCCGAGUUCAACAAUUAGACAACAUUGCAAUGGCAAAGGAAAAAGAUGCUUCCAGGUUGCUAAAGGAAGCCCAAGCUAAUUUGGAAUUUCUGACUGAGACCGGUUAUGCACCAGAAUUGAGAAGGAACUUUAACAUGCUAUCAUUGAUUGGAGUUGGAUUUGGUAUUACCAAUUCGUGGGCGGGUAUCAGUGGAUCUUUAAUCACAGGUAUUGCUUCCGGGGGACCCAUGAUGAUUGUGUAUGGAAUCAUAAUCGUUUCAUUUUUUUCAAUGUGUGUCGUGUUGACGUUGGCAGAGAUGGCCUCCGCAUUCCCCAAUGCAUCAGGACAAAUAUAUUGGACAAUGAAGUUGGCGCCACGUAAAUACUCAAGGUUGUUGGCCUACAUUACUGGGGUGUUGUCAUGGGCUGGGUCUGUGUUCACCUCUGCAAGUAUCACGGUCACAAUCUCAGUGGGCAUCGUUGGAAUGUAUGCCUUGUUUCGUCCUACAUUCGUGGUUCACAAGUGGCAAGUAUUUGUUGUAUAUGAGAUAUUCAACAUCUUGGUCCUGUUAUUCAACGUCUAUGAUCGUCCCUUGCCAGCUAUAUUCGUGGGAACUCUCGGUAUCUCGAUUUUGUCAUUCAUUAUUAUAAUUAUCACGGUGUUGGCCAUGCAUAAAGGAGACUUUGAGAGCGCCAAGUUUGUAUUUGUUGACUUUCAAAACCAAACAGGAUGGAGCUCAGCAGGCAUUGCAUUUAUUGUUGGAUUGAUUAAUCCCAACUGGAGUUUUAAUGGAUUAGAUGCAGCCACACACAUUGCGGAGGAAUCACUCAAUCCUGCUGUGGACAUUCCCAUAGCACUUAUUAGUACUGUCAUCAUUGGCUUUGUUACAACAUUUUCGUACUGCAUUGCCAUAUUCUUUUGCAUAAGGAACUUAGAAGCGGUGUUGACAUCAAACACUGGUAUCCCGAUAUUGGAUAUACUACACCAAGCAACUGACUCCAAAGCUGCCGCCCUUGGAUUGGGAAUCUUGGUGAUUGUGACUGCUGUUGGAUGCAACAUAGGGUGCCAUACAUGGUCGGCAAGAAUAUGCUGGGGAUUUGCAAGGGACAAUGGGUUGCCAUUUUCCAAGUUUUGGGCACAAGUGAACCACAAGACAGGCACUACUGUGAAUGCACAUUUCUUGUCAUGCUUUUGGGUUGGUGUCAUUGGAUGCAUCUACUUGGGAUCAGACACAGCAUUCAACUCAAUCCUUGUAUCGUGUGUCAUGUUUUUGUUAUUGUCUUAUAUGGUUCCUACACUUUGCCUCAUUUUCAAAAGAAAUCAAAUACAACAUGGACCAUUUUGGUUAAACAAGGUUGGCUUGGUUUGUAACAUUGUACUUGUUAUUUGGACUAUAUUUACUACAGUGUUUUAUAACUUUCCAUCGGUGAUGCCUGUCAAUGCUGGUAACAUGAACUAUUCAUCAGCUGUGUUUGGUGUCGUGUUUGUACUCUUCUUCUGUGACUGGAUCGUACGAGGCAGAAGAGAAUUUGUUGAUAUCGAAGAAAGAGAAAGACACAAGGACAAUUUGACAAACGAACUUUCGAAUCAGGUGUCGAAUAUUGAAGCAUUAUUGUCGCAUCCAAGUCGUGAAGCAUGA